AUGGCAGAGAAAGAGACCAAGAAUAUUCUGGAGUGUCUUCAUUAUACUGAAGAGGUGUUGGAAAAGGCAGUUAAGAACAACAAAGUUAAUGUUAGCAAGCUUUAUGUUCAGCUGCUUAACAAGGAAAGGGUCCCUUUUGCUCACGUGGUUUGGUGCAAUCUGACUUUGCCCAAGCACAGAUUUAUCAUUUGGCAAGCUACUUUGGGUCACUUACUGACCAGAGACAAUCUGGUGCGGUGUCAUAUGCAAUUGAAUUCUGUUAUGUGCCCGACUUGUGAUAUGCAGCAGGAAAGCCAUGGCCAUCUGUUCUUUCAAUGCCAGUUUUCUCAGCUGGUGAGAAGUCGAAUUGCUGAAUGGCUGGGGAAUGCUAUUUGGCCGGUUCAGUUUAAAGAUUGGACUACUUGGAUGAUGGGGAAGCCUAAGGGUCUGAAGCAAAAGCUGGUGGCAGCUGUUUUAGCUGCUUCAGUUUAUCUGAUUUGGUGGAAUAGGAAUAAUUCUCUGUUUAAUUUAUGUUCUAUGACUGUGGAUAAAGUUUUUUAUUUGUUAAAAGUUUACUGGAAAGCUAGAGUUGCUAAUUUGUCUAGAACUAAGUUGGAGAGCAAAGAUUUAGCUUUCCUUGAGAAAUUAAGUCUCAUGUAA